AUGCCGCAGGGCGAGUACAUGGAGCUGCACCGGAAGCGCUAUGGCGUGCGGAUGGACCAGCACGAGCGGGAGCGCAAGCGGGACGCGCGGGCCGGGCGGCGGCGCUCGGAGCAGGCACGCACCCUCACGGGGAUCAAGGCGAAGAUCUACAACAAGCAGCGCUUUAAGGAGAAGGCCGCCAUGAAGAAGGCCAUCAACAUGCACUUCGAGAAGGACAAGACAGCCAAGGUGGAUGACAAGGUGCGCGACGGAGCGGUCCCGGCCUACCUGCUCGACAGGGAGCAGCAGACUAGGAGUAAGGUCCUUAGUAAUACCCUCAAGCAGAAGAGGAAGGAGAAGGCUGGCAAGUGGGACGUUCCGUUGCCGAAGGUUAGGGCCAUUGCGGAGGAUGAGAUGUUUAAGGUGGUUAAGACCGGGAAGAGGCAGAAGAAGCAGUGGAAGAGAAUGGUUACGAAGGUCACGUAUGUGGGUGAGGGGUUCACGAGGAAGCCUCCUAAGUAUGAGAGGUUUAUUCGACCGAUGGGUUUGAGGUUUAAGAAGGCCCAUGUUACCCAUCCGGAGCUUAAGACCACGUUUUGUCUGGAUAUUAUUGGAGUCAAAAAGAACCCGAGUAGUCAAAUGUUUACUUCAUUGGGCGUUAUCACAAGGGGUACCGUCAUUGAGGUUAACGUGUCAGAGUUGGGGUUGGUCACGAACUCAGGUAAGGUCGUAUGGGGAAAGUAUGCACAGGUUACAAACAAUCCUGAGAACGAUGGUUGCAUUAACGCAGUGCUAUGCGUUUAGAAUUAGCAGUGUCAUACAAGUCUACCUGGUCGUUGUGUUUACCAGACUUCAAGGACAUCAGAAAACCAUCGCUUAAAGAAGUGUUUUGCGAAGGAAUUCCCGUUGCUCAUUUUAACUAAAGUAAAGUUUUGUCCAGAAUCU